GCUCGAUAUGGCGAGGAAACGGCAUCGAGCAAGCAGUUGCGACGAACACGCCGAAGCCGUCGUGCGGCAUGCGCUGCAGAGUGCCGUGGACGCCAUUGCCGCAGAGAACUCUGUGGACUUGACCACGUUGACGUUUCGCGUCCGGCGGCUCCACGAACAUGUUCCAUCGACGGCAUUACUCGGCACAACCGCGUACUCGAGCGACAUCCCCCUCCGACUGUACCACUCGAAACGCUUAGAUCAUCUGUCGGACCUUCAUGCGACGACUACGCUGCUGCUUAGCUACCUCGUCCACCAAAAUGACGCCAUCGUCCACGUCGAUAGCGCAGAGGACUCGUCCCGCCUUGUGCUGUAUACGCGUCCAGCUCCUCCUCCCGCAGAGGUGCUGGAUGUGACACUUCCUCUGGAGGUUCUCCACCAAGACGACGCGAUCAUCGUCGUCGUCAAGCCCCACGACCUCCCCAGCGUCGACGGCCGCGACCGCCCCACAUCGCUCCAUCGCAUCCUUCGGUCCAAGUACCCCAACGUUCGCAUGGUGCAUCGUCUGGACAUGGAGACGUCGGGGGUGAUGGUGGUGGCGCGCACAUUGUCGGCGGCGCAGAGUCUGAAUGCGCAAUUCCGAGCCAAAACCAUCGGCAAAACGUACACGGCGGUGGUGGAAGGCCUCUUGUCCUGCGAUAGUUGCGUCAUAAGUGCAUCUUUGGCCGCCGACCCGACGCACAGAGUCAAGCAAGUUGUGGACGAACGACGUGGGAAACCCAGUGAGACCCUGUGCACGUUGCUGCUGCGACACUUGGACAAGGGACACUCGAGGGUCCACCUGACCCCCGUCACAGGCCGAACGCACCAGCUGCGGGUGCACAUGCAGAGUGUUGGUCACGCCAUCGUCGGCGAUUCGCUGUAUGCCAGUCAAGAGUGUACGUCGUCGCGGCUGUGUCUGCACGCCACGACCCUGGAGCUCGUCCACCCCACGACCAACAUUCCCAUGACCUUUUCUUCCAAACCUCCGUUUUAACGUGUCCACGCUCUCGUUAUAAGAACCUCUGCAGCUUAUUACGAGUAGUGUAGGAAUGUGCCUGUCAAAAUGCUAACGGGGGCUGAAUAUCAAACCGAUGGUCUUAAAACUAGACUUAAUAAAACUCUUUUCCCCC